CGGCGAUUCGCGUUGAGCCGCGGCCCGCUCGGCCCGGCCCCCCCCCCGCCCCGGCCCCGCGCCCUCCGCGGGGCGCGGAGCUUGCCCGUAGCCGCCUGUCCGGACUCCGAGCGCCCUCCCGAGCCGCCCUUCCCCUCCCUUCCCCCUCGGCCAGCGCCCAGCGAUGCGGGGCCGGCGCGGCAGGCCGCCCAAACAGCAGCAGCCGGCGGCGGCCGCCGCUCCAGCGAGCGCCCCGGCUCCAGCGGGCCCCAUCGGCGGGCUGCGCUCCCGGCAGCGCGGCAGCAGCCGCGGCAGGUGGGCGGCCGCGGCCCAGGCGGAGACGGCGGGGCCCAAGCAGAAGGGAGCCGGCGCUGCCCAGGCCUCGUCGCCCGCCGCCGCCGCCUCGCCCAGGGGGGGCGGCAAGAGGAAGGCGGGCGGCGGCGGCAGCAGCACCCCCGGUGGGGGAGGCAGCGGCGGUAAGGGCAGGGGCAGGGCCGGGGCGGCAGGAGCAGGGGGAGGAGGAGGCGCAGGAGGCAGCUGCAACAGCCCAGGCAGGGCUGCCUCGUCCAGGAGGAGCAUCAGUAAAGUGGUGUACGACGAUCAUGAGAGCGAGGAGGAGGAGGAGAGCAUGGUGUCCGAGGAGGAGGAGGAGGAGGGAGACCCCGAGGAUAACCAGGACUCCGAGGAGGAAGAGGAGGAGGAGAUAAUGGAGGAGGAGGACGACGACGACUCUGACUACCCCGAAGAGAUGGAGGAUGAAGAUGAUGCCAGUUAUUGCACUGAGAGCAGCUUCAGGAGCCACAGCACCUACAGCAGCACCCCAGGUAGGAGAAGACAAAGAGCACAUCGUCCUCGUUCUCCAAUAUUGGAAGAAAAAGAUAUCCCACCCUUGGAGUUUCCUAAAUCCUCAGAGGACUUAAUGGUGCCUAGUGAGCAUAUAAUGAAUGUUAUUGCCAUCUAUGAGGUACUAAGGAACUUUGGCACUGUUUUGCGCCUCUCUCCUUUUCGUUUUGAGGACUUCUGUGCUGCUCUGGUAAGUCAAGAGCAGUGCACACUUAUGGCAGAGAUGCAUAUAGUGCUGUUAAAAGCAGUUUUACGUGAAGAAGACACUUCAAAUACUACCUUUGGACCUGCUGACCUCAAAGAUAGCGUUAAUUCCACUUUGUAUUUCAUAGAUGGAAUGACGUGGCCAGAGGUUCUGCGGGUAUAUUGUGAGAGUGACAAGGAAUACCAUCAUGUUCUUCCUUACCAAGAGACAGAGGACUAUCCUUAUGGACCAGUAGAGAGUAAAAUCAAAGUUCUGCAGUUCUUAGUGGAUCAGUUUCUUACCACAAACAUUGCACGUGAGGAGUUAAUGUCAGAAGGUGUUAUUCAGUAUGAUGAUCAUUGUAGGGUUUGUCACAAACUUGGGGAUUUGCUUUGCUGUGAGACUUGCUCAGCCGUGUACCACUUGGAGUGCGUGAAACCCCCUCUGGAGGAGGUGCCAGAAGACGAGUGGCAGUGCGAGGUCUGCGUGGCACAUAAGGUGCCUGGAGUGACUGACUGUGUGGCUGAAAUCCAAAAAAACAAACCAUACAUCCGACACGAACCUAUUGGAUAUGACAGGCAUAGGCGGAAAUACUGGUUCCUGAACAGGAGAAUCAUCAUAGAGGAAGAUUCAGAAAGUGAGAAGGAUAAGAAAAUCUGGUACUACAGCACAAAGAUCCAGCUGGCAGAGUUAAUUGAAUGCCUGGACAAGGAUUACUGGGAAGCUGACCUAUGCAAAACCCUGGACGAGAUGCGUGAAGAAGUUCAUCGGCACAUGGAUGUGACAGAAGAUCUUACAAACAAAGCAAGGGGCAACAACAAGUCUUUCCUUUCUGCAGCAAAUGAUGAAAUUUUGGACAUUAUCAGAGCAAGAAAAGGAGAAAUAGCGGAAGAUAAAAACACAGGAGAUGAGGAAGCAGAAAAGCCCAAAAGUGAUGUAGAUAAUGACCAGACAGAUGCUGAGAGAGACAAGGAAGAAUCUGGAGACCAGGAUAAAAUUGAGGAAAUGCCCAAUGAGCAAGACAUGGAAAAAGAGAAAACAGAAGAGGCAACAGUCGUUGGGGAUAAAAGUAACUCUGUGACCUCAAGCACUGAUGACAACACCACAAAUCCUUCUGCAGGAGAGAAUAGUUGCUCUGAACGGAAGGACGCAGUGGGGUGUCAGUCAGAAACCCUUGAUAGCAACAACGUGGCAGAGAAGAAGGUGGCAUCAGAGCUCCCUCUGGAACUCUCAGAAGAAACUGGUCAGAUGAUCCCCAGCAGUAGGUUUGCUGCACCUCCACAGCCAGAUGUUGAGAACAGCAGUGGCAGCGAGCUGGACUCUGGGCAGAAUGACUCCAUUAAGACUCUUGAUGAUGCUGAAAAUGCAGAGAGGGGAUCCCAGGCUUCAGAGGACAUAGGAGAGAAAUCCAAUGGUGACAGAAGUGAUUCUCCAGGUGCAGGGAAGGGCAUGCCAGGCUUGACACGGAUGCUCACCAGAUUGAGAAAUCCCGAUAGCAAACUGAGCCAGAUGAAAAGCCAGCAGGUUGCUGCUGCAGCAAAUGAAGCAAAUAAGUUAUAUAAAGAAACCAGAGAGGUUCUGGUGGUCAACUCUCAAGGCGAAGUCUCCCGAGUGAACACCAAGAAGGAUGUUGUGACUAAAGGAAAUAUCAACAAUUAUUUCAAACUGGGGCAGGAGGGGAAGUACCGUGUUUAUCACAAUCAAUAUGCAACCAAUUCCUUUGCUUUGAACAAGCACCAGCACAGGGAAGACCACGACAAGAGGCGACACCUCUCACACAAAUUCUGCCUGACUCCAGCUGGAGAGUUCAAGUGGAACGGAUCUGUUCAUGGCUCCAAAGUUCUGACCAUAUCCACCCUGAGGCUGACCAUUAUUCAGCUAGAAAACAAUAUCCCAGCGUCCUUCCUUCACCCUAAUUGGGCUUCUCACAGGUCUAACUGGAUUAAGGCUGUUCAGAUGUGCAGCAAACCCAGAGAAUUUGCACUAGCACUGGCUAUACUGGAGUGUGCAAUCAAACCAGUUGUCAUGCUGCCCAUCUGGCGAGAAUCCUUGGGGCACACGAGAUUACGCAGAAUGACAGCAAUAGAAAGAGAAGAAAAGGAGAAAGUAAAAAAAAAAGAGAGAAAACAAGAAGAAGAAGAAACAAUGCAGCAAGCUACAUGGGUGAAAUACACAUUUCCUGUCAAACACCAGGUUUGGAAGCAAAAAGGAGAGGAAUAUAGAGUAACAGGAUAUGGUGGCUGGAGCUGGAUUAGUAAAACCUAUGUCCACAGGUUUAUGCCCAAACUGCCAGGAAAUACUAAUGCAAAUUACAGAAAAUUGCUAUCAACAAAGAGUGAAGAUGAAAAGUGCAACUUGGAUAAACGAAAAGGUCCAACUAAGAUAAAAACAGAGAAAGACAGAGCAAAGGAUUCUUGGGAUCUGCAAGCAAAAGACAAAGCAGAUGUCUCAGAAACCUUGGAGAAAGUACAAGUAAAAGAAGAAAAGUUGCGUGAAGAAAAAGUAGAAGUUGACACAAUUUCUGAAAACUUAGAUCAGGCCAAAGACACAGUGGAAAAAGAUAUCGAUGGUGAAAAUGAUAAAGUCAUUAAGGAAGAACCUAUGGAUGUAGAUGAUGUGAAAAUUGAAUCGUCCAUAAAAGAUGAGGAAAGUCAUUGUAAGCGGGAUAUAAUCAAUGUCAGUGAGGGAUUUCAUUUAAGGACUUGCUACAAAAGGAAAGUAAAAUCAUCAAAAUUAGAUGGACUCCUGGAGAGGCGAAUAAAACAAUUUACACUGGAAGAAAAACAACGUCUAGAAAAGAUUAAGCUAGAGGCUGGUGCUAAGACUGGGGGCAUUCGAUCUGUAAGCCCCCAGAAAAAUGCAGAUGAGCUACAAACGAGGAAAGGAAAAGAAGGAAGCCAGUUUGACAGUUCUUCCCAAGAUCAAAGCUGUAUUUCAGACAAGACCCAAGCCGAAGAUGCAGAACAGGACUGUUUGCCCAUCAGCAGCAUCUCCUGUACCAAAACUGGGGAUGAAGAUGAGCCUUCUUUGCCUUUGUCAAACAGGCUCUCAAAAGGAGAAGGGCAGCUGCCGGAUGAAGACUCCCCUCAAUCCUCUGAAGGAGACAGCUCCAUUCAGAAUGAUGGCAAAGAAAACAAUCCUGAACCUUUGGCUGCUGCUAAGUGUCAAGGACAAGAGGCUCUUGGAGAGUCUGAGAGCUCUUUAGUGGAUGGCUUGAAACAAACCAGUGCAGAAGGCAGAAUCAAAUGGGAUGUUUCAGAAACAAAUGAAAAACCCUUGAAACAAAAGCUACCUAUUACCAGAGUAUCUCAGCGAGAACUUGAAAACUUAGGGCCAGUGGUACUUGAAAGCAGCUGUAGAAGAGAUGCUGUGGCCACUCUUGAAAAACCAGACUCAGAAGGGAAUUCUGAACAGCAGAGCAAAGAUCCAGAAAACAAUUAUAUGAUAAAAAGCCAUAUGGAAACAAUGUCCUCUCAAGAAAGUGAAAUGGAGGAAGAAAUUGCUCCUGUAAAGGCUGAAAGUAAAUCUGAAAAGAUGGUAUUUCACCAAAAAUCAGCUAAUAAAAAUCUAGAAUCAUUUAAAACAGGGCUGAUUUCUGAAAGAAACCGUGAAAGUCAAACUCUGGAACACAUGGAUGGGGAACAUAUUAAUGAGGAUUUACUGAGCUCUAAACUAACAGAGGCGAAUGGUCAAAAGAAAGGUCAGGAACUGAAAGUGGAGACAGGUACCAUGAACAAAUAUCUUGAUCAGACAAAUGUAAAUACUGUUACUGAUAAAAAAAAUAAUAAAGAUGAAGAAACUGAGACAGACUUAGAAAAAGAAAAAUCAUCAUUUCAAAUGAAUGGAAAAGACAAUGACAUCAAAGCAUUAUCAAAUGAUGACUGCUUAGUGAAAAAUACCUGUGAAGCUAAGGCCGGGGGUGAUAUCGAACCAAAAGUUAAUAAUAUUAAUAAAUCCAUUCCAGAACAUGAAAUAAAACCAUUGACUUUUAAGGAAUCUUCAGUAAAACCAUUCAUGAAUGGUGGCAUCAUGGGAGGAGAGGACACCAAGGAUAAAAAUAAUGUGGACUUGAAGUCACAUCUGCGCAGUUCACUUGAAUCUGAGUCUGGAGAGAGUCUUCAGCCACCAGAUGAAGUUCUCAAGUAUGUGCAGAAAACUGAAGAAAACCAGCUUUCUCCGGAGAGAUCUGCCAGUAUUGGCUCUGCUUCCCCACCAACACAGCCUGUCUGUAAAGAAAAUAACCUGAACAGAGAAACAGAAUCUAUGGAAACUGAAGCAGCUGAGGAGAAGAAAGUUGCUCCAUCACCUGUAAUCUCAUGUGAAGAAUCCAGCUUGAGGAGUCACUUUGCUGACCAGAAUGGUGUACAGACCUAUAAAAUGGAAAAUAUUAAUGGAGAAAGUAAAAUAAAAACUGUUAUUACUGAAGUGACUACCACAACCUCAACUGUGUCCACAGAGUCCAAAACGGUGUUUAAAGUCGCAGAGACUGGAGCUGCCAGUGAUGAGAAAACCACAGUUGUUUCAUCUACAGAAAACUGCGCCACCACCACUGUCACCACCACCACCACUGUGACCAAGCUCACCACUCCAUCCGCAGACAGUAACUCUGAUUUCAUCUCUGUCCAAGAGCACAGUAAAACGGUGGUUACAACAACGGUCACCGAUUCACUGACCACCCCAGAAGGCACAUUGGUGACUUCUAUGACUGUCAGCAAAGAAUAUUCCACAAAAGACAAAGUGAAGUUAAUGAAAUUUGCAAGACCCAAAAAAACUCGUUCUGGAACUGCCUUACCAUCUUAUAGGAAAUUUGUUACCAAAAGCAGUAAAAAAAGCAUAUUUGUUUUACCCAAUGAUGACUUAAAAAAGCUGGCCAGGAGAGGAGGUAUCAGAGAGGUUCCUUAUUUCAAUUACAAUGCAAAGCCUGCCUUGGAUAUCUGGCCAUAUCCAUCGCCAAGACCAACUUUUGGGAUCACUUGGAGGUAUCGACUCCAAACAGUCAAAUCUUUGGCUGGAGUGAGCCUGAUGUUGAGAUUAUUGUGGGCAUGUCUCAAGUGGGAUGAUAUGGCAGCAAAAGCUCCACCUGGGGGAGGAACCACAAGGACAGAAACAACUGAAACUGAAAUAACAACAACAGAAAUAAUCAAGCGGAGAGAUGUUGGUCCGUAUGGGAUCCGGUCAGAGUACUGUAUAAGAAAAAUCAUUUGUCCCAUUGGUGUUCCAGAGGCUCCAAAAGAAACUCCAACACCCCAGAGGAAGGGACUUCGAUCAAGUGCCCUCAGGCCAAAAAGGCCAGAAACACCCAAGCAAACAGGCCCUGUUAUAAUGGAAACUUGGGUAGCAGAGGAGGAAUUGGAACUGUGGGAGAUCAGGGCAUUUGCUGAAAGGGUGGAGAAGGAAAAGGCACAGGCAGUUGAACAACAGGCUAAGGUUAGUGAACAGAAGAAGGCAGAGGAAUUCAAGGCCCAAUUGGAGGCUCAGCUAAAACACCAACGUUUGGCUGCCCAGCAGAAACGGCUGGAACAGCAGAAGCAGAUCCCUGCAGGAGGUGUGGUCCCUGCAGCCACCACAGCCAGCAGCCCUGCAACCACAGUCUCCACACCACAGAAAGUCAUGGUGGGCCCUCUGACAGGCCCUGUCCCCACGGGAACCAAAGUAGUACUCACCACUAAAGUGGGUUCUCCAGCUACAGUAACAUUCCAACAGAACAAGAAUUUCCAUCAAACUUUUGCUACUUGGGUUAAACAAGGCCAAUCUUCAACAGCCACUAGCACAGCUGCCACCUCAGCCACAACCAUUGCCAGCACAGGGCAGACCUUCCAGCUCUCAGGCAGCCCAGUAACGAUGGCAGGGAAAGUGAUAACUAAGCUGCCACUCCCUGCAAACAGCAAGAUUGUUGCCGUCAAUGUGCCAUCAACUCAAGGAGGUGUGGUUCAAGUUCAGCAAAAGGUAUUGGGUAUCAUUCCAUCAACUACAGGUGCAAGUCAAACCUUUACUUCAUUCCAGCCAAGGACAGCAACUGUAACCAUUAGGCCAAACACCACAGGGACGCUAGGAACAACAAGCACUUCACAAGUAGUGCAGGGUACACCGCUGCGCCCUGGGAUGACAGUGAUCCGGACACCACUGCAGCAGUCAACCCUUGGCAAGACCAUCAUUCGAACACCUGUAGUGGUGCAACAAGGUAUUCUGCCAGCCAGUCAGACACAGCAAGUGGUGACUCAAAUAAUCAGGGGUCAGCCUGUCUCAACAGCAGUUUCUAGUACCAGCACAGCUUCUUCCAGCACUGGGCAGAAAACCAUCACAAGCUCUGGAGCAGCCCCUCAACAAGUUCAGCCACAGACCCCAGCACCGCCCCCUCGCCCUCAGCAGGGCCAGGUGAAGCUGACAAUGGCCCAGCUCACGCAGCUCACACAAGGACAGGGUGGCAGUCAAGGUUUAACUGUGGUAAUUCAGGGACAAGGUCAAACUACUGGUCAGUUACAGUUAAUCCCUCAGGGUGUGACUGUAAUACCUGGUCCAGGACAACAGCUUAUGCAAGCAGCUAUGCCAAAUGGUACAAUUCAGAGAUUUCUGUUCACCCCACUACCAGCAGCUGCUACUACAGCUAGCACAACUACAACCACGGUUUCUACUUCAGCCUCGGCUGCAGGGGAACUGAAGCCAGCUCUGCAGGCGCCACCAGCACCGGCUGUGCCCGCGGGGCAGGGGCAGCCCCAGGGCCAGCCCAGCUCGGCCCCUGCGCAGCCCGUGGGGGCGCAGCCCCAGGGUGCUCAGCCCGAGGCCCUGAGCCAGCCCGAAGUCUCCGGUGACUCUGCGGCGCCCCCCGAAGCUCAGCCGUCCAAAUCUCCAGCUCAGUCUCCAGCCCAGGCUCGGGGACUCUCUCCAGCGCCAGGCCUGAUGCAGCCGCCGCCUGCGGGCCUGCCCCCAGGCCAGUCCCCGGCCCAGGCUCAGCAUCCAGCUCAGGUGGUUGUGAAGCAGAAUGCUGUCAUAGAACAUUUGAAACAGAAGAAGACAUUGAGUCCAGCUGAGAGGGAAGAAAAUCAGAGAAUGAUUGUGUGCAACCAAGUGAUGAAAUAUAUUCUGGAUAAGAUAGACAAAGAAGAAAAACAGGCAGCUAAGAAACGGAAGCGAGAAGAGAGCGUGGAGCAGAAGCGGAGCAAACAGAACGCAACCAAGCUCUCAGCUCUGCUUUUCAAGCAUAAAGAACAGCUGAAAGCUGAAAUACUGAAAAAAAGAGCACUUCUGGACAAAGAUCUACAGAUUGAAGUGCAGGAGGAGCUAAAGAAAGACUUGACUAAAAUUAAGAAAGAAAAAGAAAGAGCCCAGGCAGCAGCUGCUGCAUCUGCAGCUGCAGCCAUGGCCGCUGCUGCCCCACCACCAGUGCCACCAGCACCACCACAGCCACCGGCAGCCAGCAUCACCUCCUCCUCCUCCACCACUGUCCCCAUGCCAGUCUCCUCCCAGAAGAGGAAACGAGAGGAGGAGAAGGAUUCCUCGGCUUCCAAGUCCAAGAAAAAGAAAAUGAUUUCUACUACCUCAAAGGAAACGAAGAAGGACACAAAGCUUUAUUGCAUCUGUAAAACGCCUUACGACGAGUCCAAGUUCUAUAUUGGCUGUGAUCUUUGUACUAACUGGUAUCAUGGAGAAUGUGUUGGAAUCACAGAAAAGGAGGCUAAGAAAAUGGAUGUGUACAUCUGUAAUGAGUGUAAACGGGCACAAGAGGGCAGCAGUGAGGAGUUGUACUGUAUCUGCAGAACACCUUAUGAUGAGUCGCAAUUUUACAUUGGCUGUGACCGAUGUCAGAACUGGUACCACGGGCGCUGCGUGGGCAUCCUGCAGAGCGAGGCAGAUCUCAUUGAUGAGUACGUGUGUCCACAGUGCCAGUCCACAGAGGAUGCCAUGACUGUGCUCAGUCCACUCACAGAUAAAGACUAUGAAGGGUUGAGGAGGGUCCUGCGCUCCUUGCAGGCUCACAAAAUGGCGUGGCCGUUCUUAGAACCAGUAGAUCCCAACGAUGCACCAGAUUAUUAUGGUGUCAUCAAAGAACCAAUGGACCUUGCAACCAUGGAAGAAAGAAUCCUGAAACGCUACUACAAAAAGGUCACGGAGUUUGUGGCAGACAUGACCAAAAUUUUUGAUAACUGCCGUUACUACAAUCCAAGUGACUCCCCUUUUUACCAGUGUGCAGAAGUUCUCGAGUCCUUCUUUGUACAGAAACUAAAAGGAUUUAAGGCAAGCAGAUUGUGAUAUCUUUAGUCUGAACUUUUUAACUGGAAUCAGAACUGGAUGUUGGGGUCACUUUCUUUUAUUGUACAAUUCAAUGACAUUAAACUGCCCUAAAAAUCCAGGUCAUUUGUCUAAAAAGUAAAUGUUUUUGUUGCCAGCAGUCACAGUGGUGAACAUCACUGUAUUAACAAAAAAUUGUUCCGUUCCUCAAAUACUGUAUUGAGAAAAAUGAAAAAUUCAUCAUGGAGACCUUGUAUUUUAUUGUUUAAGUCACUAAUAAAACUGUGAAUGUCAAAGAGGAGUUUUGCUGAACUCUGCUUAGCAAAAAUGUGACUUUAACAUGCCUGUUCAGUUUUUUUUCUUUUAAGUUAAUCCAAAGACUUCUUGAAUAAAUUUAAGCAAAGUAGACCUUAUUAUAAAUAUUUACAACUAAAAAUGUCUUUUUGCUUUCCUUUCAAUGGACUACUAUUAUGUAAAUAUGUGAGUAAAACUGAUUUCAGGCAUUUUGGAAUAUUCCAGUGACACACUGUAUUUUACAAGUACCGAAAUAUUUGUAUUCUGGAGCAGAAAAUAGGCUUAAAAUUCAGAGAAAAAAUUAUUUUAAGCGUCCUUUUUUAUUUCUGAAGGGGAAAAAAUAAAUGGAAGCAACAUGGUGGUAAUUCCCUCAUUAUGAUUUAUUUUUGGCAACACCUUGCAGCAACUGUGUUCUCCAAAUUGAAGGGUGCUUAAUUCUUCACUUUCUUCUGUAUUCUGCAGGUCCCAUAACAACAAACUGCAGUCUACAGCUUCUUAGAGUUCAGCGUGUUAACCAAACACACGAGCAAGGAUCUGGUUGUCUGACAAUUUUUAAUUAAGGAGCCAGAUGUUUUUAGUCAGGUUAUCCUGACAAGACUUGAUGUAAACUGCGUUUCUAUUGGUCACAACAGUCAAAUUAUAUUCUUGGCUUAUUUUGUCCAAAGGACAAAGAAAUAAAAAUCAGCAGCACCACUUUCUUGUCAAGAUCAAGUUGUUGUACUAUUGUGGCAGAAGCAGGAAAACUUUGUUUUGUUGAAGGAGAAAGAGAGAAAGAAAAAAGAUACAGUAAAUGGGGUCACAUUUAACUCCAUGGAAAUGCCACGUCUGUUCUUCAGUGAAGAAGCUGGUUUAAAGUCCACACAGAAAACUUUGACUGUAUUUAUUUAUUGUUGCAAAAAAGACGCUUUUUUAUUGCUGCCCUCAUUUGUCAGCUAAUUAUUUUUUCUUAUAAAAUCCAGCCCCGGUUCCAUGUAAUCCAUUCUGUAUCUUAACAUGAUUCCUGUAGGUAAAAGUACAAGAAGACCUCUAGAUGUCUUUUCUUUCUAUGAAAGGAGCUGCUAUGUACACAUGUGCACAUACACAGGACUGGGAAUCAACAAGGAGUUUAUCAUUCAUGGUAGAUUAAAACAAGCUUGCAUAAAAGUUGGGCUGAGUGGUCAUGGACUACAGACUCUGUUGCCUUGAAUAUAACAAACAGUACAAUUUGUCAUUUACUCUGCACCAGACUGAACUGAGUAAAAUCUAUUUGAAGGUAUCUUGUUUGUAAACAUUUGUCAGAUUCUAAUUUUUUUUCUUUUGUAUUAAAAUUCAAAAUAUGGAUGUAUAUGAAACAAAAUAAAUGGAGAUCAUUGUUCUCCCCACA